UUCAGCCCCACUUUGCACGCCCAACCCCAAAGCUCCGGCACUACCAACUACCAAUGUUUCGAAUCUAGUCAGAUGUUUGUAUAAAAGCUGGGGUGCUGCAAACCCUCAGCAUCAAAUCUCAACAGUCUCUCCUUCAGCCAACAUCUGACUUUGGAAUAAGUGUACCUGAAGAGCACAACACCAUGGUUCAACAGACACUAGUUUGCGCCGUUGUGGUGGUUCUAGCGGCAAGCUGCGCCGCCGGACCAGUGUUGCCCGUCUACCCCGCCUACCACGCUCCUGUGGUCGCCUACAAGCCAGCACCCCACCCCGAGCCAGCCUACCCACCACCCAAGUACACCUUCGCCUACGACGUCAAGGACGAGCACACUGGAGACAUCCACGCACAGGAGGAAUCCAGAGACGCCGACGUGGUCAAGGGCAGCUACACCCUCGUCCAGCCCGACGGCCUGAGGAGGAUUGUCGAGUACACCGCCGAUGACCACUCAGGAUUCAACGCCGUCGUCAAGUACGAGCCCUUCGGCCCCCCUCUGCCACCACCACCCAAGCCAGUGCCCGUCGUCAAGUAUGCCGCCCCCGUUGUGCCAGUCGUCAAGUACGCCGCCCCCGCACCCCACUACCCCUACCACCCUGCCCCACACUACCCAGUUAUGUUUGUGGUGGCUUCAGCCUCAGUGCUGGUAGCCCUAGUCAACGCAGUGUACGUGCCUGCCGCCCCCGUCUACCACGCCGCCCCUCACGCUGCCCCCGUUUACGCCAAGCACGUGGUGGCUGAGCCUGUCUACCCCGACGCACACCCCCAGUACACUUUCGAGUACGCCGUCAAGGACGACCACACCUAUGACGUCAAGAGCCAGCACGAGACCCGUGACGGAGAUGUCGUCAAGGGAGUCUACAGCCUUGUCGAGCCUGACGGCAGCAAGAGAACAGUCGAAUACACCGCCGAUGACCACAACGGAUUCAACGCAGUCGUCCACAAGGAGGCAGCUGCCCACCCAGUCGCCUACGCUCCCGCCCCCAAGGUCUACGCCGCCCCCGUCAUCAAAUACGCACCCGCCCCCCACUACUCGACCUCCCCGCCCCAUAUGGUAGAUCACCACCUCCUUCGCAAGCCCCUUUGUCGGCUACGAGAAGAUGUUCGCAACUAUUUAAACCGACCACGGAUAAGCAGCGGACAUCAUUCGAGCUCAGCUCUUCCUACAGUUAGCAGCGUUUUAUUAGUGCUAGUAAUCACACACCUUGACAACAUGAUCGCGUUAAAGGCAGCAGUGCUCUGCUUAGCAGCCGCCACGGCUCAGGCUGUGUACAGUGCCGCCCCCGCCGCAGUCAGCUAUGCAUACACAGCACCCAAGGUGGCUUAUGCCGCCCCCGUCCCAGUGGCCAAAUACGCCUAUGCCGCCCCCGUCCCAGUGGCCAAGUACGCCUACGCCGCCCCCGCCCCCGUUGUACACUACACCGCCCCCGUCGCCAAAGUAGCCUACGCACCAACAUACCACUACGCCGCUGCACCAGUCAAGGUUGCUGCACCGGUUGCCUACGCUGCCCCUGUCGCCGCCAAGGUGGAGGAGUUCGACCCGCACCCACAGUACGCGUUCGAGUACAAGAUCGAAGACACCCACACCGGAGACAUCAAAGAGCAGUCGGAGCACCGCGACGGCGACGUCGUCACAGGCAGCUACUCCCUCGUCGAGCCCGACGGCAGCAAGAGGACAGUCGAGUACACCGCCGACCCUCACAACGGAUUCAACGCCGUCGUCCACAAGGAGCCCGGUGCACACCCCGUUCCCGCCCCCGUCGUCAAGUACGCUCCCGCCCCCGUGCUCAAGUACACCGCCCCCGUCGUCAAGUACGCAGCUGCCCCCGUCGUCAAGUACGCAGCUGCCCCCGUCGUCAAGUACGCCGCCGCCCCCGCCUACUCAGUAUACCACUAAUUGUAAUUAAAACAGUGCCCACACUUUUUGCUCACCGUUCCAAAUACAUUGACUGUAAAUAUAAAUUAUUGUAAUGUUUGAUAAAUAAAUUUUGUAAGCUAAGA